CUCUCUCCAGCCGGUUACACACUAAAACCAGGCUCCCAGAAGGAAACCCUCGGAGCUCUCAGCUACACCAUACUCCACAUUAACUCUAGUGAGUGUGUGAUCGCCCUCUUCUCCUUCUUUUGAGUCGUUUUCUAUCCUUUUUUGGUGAAAGCACGGGAUCUGUCUGGGGAAACCGGGACACGCGCGAGCGCACUUUGGGCGUAGCUGCACGAGGAAACAGCGGUUUUGAGGCUCGGUAGUUCACUGUAUCUGAUACUCGUUGGAGUUCCCUGUUUCCCAAGAUGAAGCCAGACGGGGUUGACUCAGGAGCGACAGAGCCGAUGGUCGCACUAGAUGCAGAUCCUGUGAUCCAGGCAGAGCCGCUAGGGGAAGGCCAGGAACAGGCCCCGUCUGCAUCACAGACGGACGAGAUGCAGCAAGGCGAACCGCAGACAACCGAGACACCCGCCGCCGCCACCAAGCCCAGCAAGGAUAAGCCUGCGGAUCCAAAGGCAAAAACAAAGGGUGUCACCAAAACAAAGACGUCCACCGCUGGCGCUCGUCCCAGCACCGCUCAGAGCCGCAUGACGAAUGGAGUACAGAAGCCUCCGCAAGCCAACGGCGUUGCUAAGAAGACCACCGCCAGUGCGGCUGGCGAGAAGAAGACGACCACCACAGCUUCUAAAAAGCCUGUAGGUGCUGCGGGGGCAGUGACCACCAAAACCGCCAGCAAGACCACAGAAAAGAAGCCCGUUGGGGCACCAAAGACCACCGGCACGACACAGCCAGCCAAGAAGACACCUGUCAAUGGGGACAAACCCAAACCAAAACCGACAGCAGCUUCAGCUCCCAGACCUGCUGCUACCACCAAACCCAGCACGACUUCCUCUCCCAGGACCGACAAGCCACCGGUCUCCAAGACGACCAGACCUGCCACUGGUGCGACGACUUCUCGCCCAGCUUCUGCUGCACCAAAGUCAGCUGCUCCCACCGUGUCCAAGACGUCAGCAUCCGCAUCAAAGACCACUCCAUCUGCAGCUAAAACAACCACCUCCGCUGCUAAACCGUCACCUGCUAAAGCUCCGUCUGCUAGUCGAGCUCUGACCACAUCCACACAGAGCCCUACACCCACCAAGAAAGACGCAAGCAAGCCAGCCACUUCAGCAGCGAAGAAGUCAACCGCCUCGCCACUAACUCGCCCUGCUUCUAUUAAGACCAGCAAGCCUGACACCCCGAAGGCAUCCACGCCAACAAAACCAGAGUCUGUCGCCAAGAAAACUUCUACUCCUAGCAAGCCAGCAGUGGAAGCCAAGACGGCUAAGCCUAAGGAAAGCAAACCGACGCCGUCAAAGGAAAUCAGUGCCACCCUGAAAACAUCUGGCGCCAAGAACAGCACAUCAAAGACAGCCAGCCCUAAGAAGGUAGUGGGUAGCAGCACACCCAUGCCAGUUAAACGUGGCCCCAAAGCUGCACACAAAGAGAAUGAGAAAGAGGCUGUAGCUCCUGCUGUUGAGACUUCUGCUGCAGUUGAAGCUGUGGCUGUUGCUGCUGCAGCCACAGCUGUUGCCGCCACAGCUGCUGGUACCAUUAUCGCUGUGACAGACAGUGAAUCUGAAGUCCUGCCUGAAUCCAAGCUUGAAGUUCCAGCUGAAGACAAGCUUGACGUUUUAUCUGAACCCCAGCUUGAAGUUCCAACUGAAGACAAGCUUGAAGUUCCAACUGAAGACAAGCUUGAAGUUCCAGCUGAAGACAAGCUUGACGUUUUAUCUGAACCCCAGCUUGAAGUUCCACCUGAAGACAAGCUUGAAGUUCCACCUGAAGACAAGCUUGAAGUUCCACCUGAAGACAAGCUUGAAGUUCCACCUGAAGACAAGCUUGACAUUUUAUCUGAACCCCAGCUCGAAGUUACAACAGAACCCAAGCUUGAAGAUGCACCUGAACCCAAGCUUGAAGAUGCACCUGAACCCAAGCUUGAAGUAACACCUGAACCCAAGCUUGAAGUAACACCUGAACCCAAGCUUGAAGAUGCACCUGAACCCAAGCUUGAAGAUGCAACUAAACCCAAGCUUGAAGAUGCACCUGAACCCAAGCUUGAAGUAACACCUGAACCCAAGCUUGAAGUCACAUCUGAACCCAAGCUUGAAGUAACACCUGAACCCAAGCUUGAAGUAACAUCUGAACCCAAGCUUGAAGAUAUAGUUAAAUCCAAGCUUGAAGAUGCACCUGAACUCAGUCUCAAACAUGACCCUGAACCCAAGCUUGAAGCUGCACCACAUCCAGUGGAAACCGAGUCUCGACUUGCAAUUGAAACCAAGACUGAAUAUUUGCCUGAAACUAUACCAGAACUCUUACCUGAAACCAGGACUGAACUCGAACCUGAACCAAAUUCAGACAUCCUGUUGGAAACCGAGUCUGAAUUUACAUCUGAAACCAUCACUGAACACCUUUUAGAGGCCAAGCCUGCAUGUGCAUCUGAACCCAGGUCAGACAUCCUGCUGGAAAGUGAGUACAAAUUUAUGUCUGAAACUAUGUCUGAACUCCUGCUUGAAACCAAACCUGCAAUUGUACCUGAUCCCAAAUCAGAGUUCCCAUUAGAAAGCGAACCUGAAUACACAUCUGAGCACCUGCUUGAAACCACGUGUGAUUUUGAACCUGAACCCCAGUCAGAACUUCCAUUGGAAACUGAGUCUGAAUUUACACAUGAGUCUAAGUCUGAAUUCUUGCUUGAAACCAAAUCUGAAUUUUCCCUUGCCUCUGAACACAAGUCUGAACCCUUGUUAGAAACAGAGUCUGAAAUUGCCCCUGAACCCAAGUCUGACCUCCUGUUUGAAACAUCCCCUGAAAUUCCCUCUGAACCCAAGUCCCCACUCCUGUUUGAAACUAAGCCUGACCCUCUGCCUGAAACAGUCCCAGAACCCAAAGUUGAAUUUAUGAUUCCUGAUGCAGUUGAGGACAUUGCAGCAGGCACUGAGGAUAUUCAGUCUGAUACAGAAGAAGAAACAGACGAAGAGGUAGUGCAACAGCUGGCAGCUCAGCCGAAUCUAGUCAGUGCUCCAUCUACUCUUGGCACGACAGUUAUGUCACCACCAUCCUCUCCCACUGGAGAGUCUCCAGUUCUGGAACCUGAGAUCUCUGCUCCACUACAAGAUAUGUAUACUGCCAGUAAUCUCUGGGCACAGAAUCAGCAGAUGUUCUCAAGUGAUAUUACCACAGAGAAUCUGGAGCAAGAAGAUAUCAGGGUUCAAGAGAAUCUCCUGACCACCACGAAGUCUUCAGCAGAGGAGGCAGGGGAUGUAGAGAAACCUUUCAGUCUUGGAGUGGAGUCUGACCUGUUGAGUAGCUCCUGCUUGGAGCAUUUUAGCAAUGUGUCACCUACCUCUCUUAAUAUGGAGAUGGAGGAGGCAGUGGAAAAGGCAGAGGAAGAAAUCAAUGAGGAUGACCAUGAUGAGGAGGAGGAGGAGGAAGAAGAAGAGGAGCAAGAGGCGAGAGAGAUUGUUCAAGCAGUGCCUGAAACACAGAAAAUUGAUGAUUUUACGUUUGGAUUAUCAGAUGUUAACAGCUCUAGUAGCGGUGUAACGCAGCCUGAUGACUUUGACAGGAUCACCCAGCAGGAGCAAGCAGAAACAACUGCAAACUUCCAAAUGGAGAGUCAUCACAGUGAUGAAGAUGGAGAGGAUUUCUCUCUGAAAAAAGUGGAAAUGGAACAGCCAUUUAUGGGCCCACCUGGGGUCAAGUCUUUUUCAGAUGAAGAGGAAGAAGAGGAAGAGGAGGAGGAGGAAGAUGAGCAGGAAAAAGAGGACAUGGAUACUGGUCCAGAACAUGUUGACAAAGACCACAUGGACUUUGGUCAGGUGCAAGCUGGUGAUCAUCAUAUGGAUGUUCACCUCAAAUCUGAAGAAGAGGAGGACCAUGAAGAUGAAGAUGUUGAGAUGAUUAGUGAAGUCCAGAUGGAGAGUGGAAGCAAGAUUGCUGAAAAUAUUGAUGAGGAUGACUAUGAUGAAGGAUACCUAGACAAUUUGAACCGCACUGCUCCAGCUCCCUCAAUACCUAUGAAUGCUGCCUGGGGCCCAUUUAACCCCUUUGGAGACACAUGGGCUCAGCCAACCUCCAUUAAUGUAACAUCAAGUCCCUUAGAUGUUAAGGUAGCUGAUCAUGAGACACCCACAAAGUCCCCUGCUGAAGCCUGGCUGGAGAAGCCUCUAUGCCAUUUGACUGAACCACACCUUGAGGUCCGUGAAGAGACAGAGAGCUCAGUCCCAGUGGAUGGUGCUAACCUGUGUGCACCUGCUAUUGGUAUGUCCCAGUCAAGUACCCUGAGUGGAACAGCCCUGGCAGCCCACAGCAGCAGUGAGACAAGCACACCGGAAGAGCUGCGGGACUAUGACAGCAGCUCAGGGGUGGAGUCACGCUCUGAAAAGCAACAGACGCCUGUCCCAACAGCCCAGCCUGACCAGGAACAAGACCUCGGGAUUCACCUGGAGCGUGGCGAUGGGGAAGAAGAGGAGGCAGAGACACUCCCAGCAGAUGAGGUCCUGGGCGAUGCUCCAACAGCACCAGCAUCCGUUCCAUCAUCCCCUACUACGUCUGGGGAUGAGGCAAGUGAUACUGAAGGGGAAAUGCAAAUCAAUGACCCUGAUGUUCCCGGUGAUGACACUGCAGCCUUAGACAGUCCUACUGCUUCCCGAAACCUCCCUGCCUUGGACGAAGAUGAGGAGGCCACCGACAUUCAUGUUGGAGAGGAAGAUGGUGGGACCCCUCAGUCAGCCAACUCUGUAGCUUCAUACGGCUUUGACUGCUCGGUUUCCAACUCCAAUGCUCAUUCUACUGCUGAGAGCUGUGGCAAGAGCCCUGGGAUUUUUUCCCUGGAGAACGAAGAUCAACUUCCAGAAGAAGCUAAGGAUCCCUCACUCAUUAAGGAGCUGACCUUGCCUGCUGCAGCCGCUAAAGCCGAGGAUCUACUGGGUUGUCCUGUCGACCUGCUUCCCCUUGGCCAGCAAGGGGAGUCACACGCCGAUCCUGAUGACCAAUACCUGCUAUGCGGGAAGACGGGAGCCAGUGCUCUCGAGGAGUCUGACCCAGAGUCUCCCAUGCACCUGUCUCCCCAGCAUGGGGACAACACGGAUGGCCAGCCACCUUACUACUCUACUAUAUGUGAUAACACUGAUAGCUUUCUGGCAGGUAAUGUAUAAAGUCCCCAAACGGAAUGCACCUUUUCCCGCACCCUUCCCAAAACAGCACCCUCUUCCUUUUUGUCGUUUGUUUUCUUACCUGUCCAGGCAAUGGCGUAAUGAAACGGGGGAAAAAAUUGAACAUGGGGGAUGGACUGUAGGUUUAUCAGUGCUGCUUUCUCUUUCUUACUACUAUAAUAGUCAUGGUUAUGAUUGUAUGGCUUAAUUCUUGUAUGUACAAUAGCUAUUCUCAUUUUCUAUUAGAAUGUACUAUUAAAUAACACUGCGUACUACAGCACCCCGGAACUUGGAUCGAUAGACUGAACUGUUGUUAAGUCCUUUAAUGAAUACGGAAAGCAAAAACGAAAGCAAAAAAAAAAAAAAAACUAAAGAAAAGAAAAGAAAAAGGAUCACAUUCAAUGGACUCUAUCUAUGUUUGUAUUUAUCCUACUGUUUUUACCGAACAAAUGUCAAAUGUUUUUUUUUUUUUUUAUACUUGUUUUAUUGUUUAUUUUUGCUCCCGGUCUUCUCUUGCACUGUAGCUGUACCUUUACACCUCUUUUAUUUUUUUAUUGUUCCUGUGUCAAGAACUAACUGUUUUAGCACUAACUAAGGCUAGAUCUUUUUCCAGAGGCUUCGCACUUUGGAGUUUUUUUCAGUGUAGGGAAUUGUUGGAAUGUUAGAUGGCAAGCAAUGUUUUGUUUUUAAACUUUUUUCUAGCAUAAAAAAAAAAAAAUUCCAGCACACUUUUGUGAAGGAUAACUUAUGAUAAGUCACAUACCACAGCUUUUUUAAGUACUCAGCAGUGAUCUGGUUUUGUUGAUUUGCAGUAGUUGGACAUUUUUGCUUUGGCGCAAAUAUUCAAUGUGGUGGAGAAAAAUGUUACUCGCUUUAAAAAAAAAAUUUACACUUGAAUGUGGGUGGCGAGUAUUGGACAUUUGGAUUGGAAAUUGCAUGUACAACUAAUUGCUUUACUGUAAUACUGUUCAAGACCUAGUAUGUCCAGAUGAUCAAGAAUAAUAAUAACACUGGUUCAAACUAAUUAAAUGGUUUUUCAAAAUUCCAUUAAACAUCAUUUCAAGGCCA